AUGGCGUCCACAUCUUACAGUGGCACAAACCAUGGACUGCAGAUUGGAAAUAACCAUGGUCCUGUAACGUUCCACCAGUCAAACAUUUCUGAAGACAUCGAUCGAUUUUGCCUCCAGAAUCUACGCUGCCCUGACUCACUAGCCGUGAAACAUCGUUUGACAGAGACCAAGGACAAGUUACGCCGUCAAUCAUUUGAAUGGAUUCUCCAAGAUCCGCAGUAUCAGAGUUGGCGAAAUGGAAAAGAAAUUUGUCUGCUUUGGAUCAAGGGCGGCGCUGGGAAAGGGAAGACCAUGAUGUCAAUUGGUCUUAUUGACGAGCUUUCACGGGUACAACAUGAGUCUACUGUGUUGAGUUAUUUUUUCUGCCAAAAUGCCGACAACGAACUCAAUACCCUUGAAUCUAUCCUAAAGGGUUUGGUUCUGAGGUUAGUGAAUCAGCAAACAGAGCUGAAAGAAGCUCUACGAUGCCGCUGGGAUACUAAAAACGACCGUUUUAAUGAAGACAUGACCUCGUGGAGAAAUCUCUGGAACAUGCUUUUGGAGAUGUUGGAUCGGUGUACCGCAUCGAAGAUAUAUAUGAUUGUGGAUGGUCUUGAUGAGUGUCAAGAUGAUGGCAUGGCCGACUUCUUGAAACUCGUCGUCCGGAAUGGACUAGACCACCCUGCCAAAGUCAAAUGGCUCUUGACAAGUCGACCAUUGGAUAGCGCAGAGCGGGCAUUGCUAGCCGGGAAUGACCAGGUGCAAGUCAGUCUGGAGCUCAACUCAAACUACGUCUCUGAAGCUGUGAAGGCUUACAUCGCUUAUAAAGUGGAUGAGCUCAGUCGUUAUCACAAAUAUGGGCAAGCACUAAAAAGAGAAGUGGAAAUCGAGCUUUUAACGAAGGCUGAGAGUACCUUUCUAUGGGUGAGCCUGGUCUGUAAGAGGCUUGAGAGUGUCCACCAAGAUCAGGCAUUGACCGCAAUCCAAGAUUUACCGCCAGGCCUAUAUCCUUUCUACGAUCGGAUAUUAAAUCAACUGAGCGAAGGAGAGCCAGAUGAUGUCUAUAAGUGCAUACGACUACUUAAGGUGAUGAUACUGGUAUACCGACCUCUGAAGAUGGAGGAAGUUUCGGGUCUGACUAGCCUGACUAAUGAAUACGACACUAUUAAGGCGUUAGUUAAUCGUUGUGCUUCAUUCCUCAGAAUGCAGGGAAACAACGUCGAGUUUGUUCAUAAGUCUGCUCGAGACUACUUGGCCGGAGAGAACGGAAAGUCUACACUUAACGCCCACGAGCGCUUCGGACAUUUUGAGAUCUUACUAGGUUGUUUGUCUCAUUUAUCUAAACGCCUUCAGGUCAACCUCAUAGACCUACCGCGACCUGACUCAACCAGAGAAUCUUGGAAGCCGGUGAAAGACGAGAAACAACGUGUCCAACUAUCUUGUCUGGACUAUGCGGCUACCUUCUGGGUGCAGCAUCUCGGAAGCAUCAAGCCAAGCAUGAUAGUACAGACCGGGCUUAUUGAGAAGGGUCUUGUUGGAAAAUUCCUUCACACAAAAAUGUUAGAAUGGCUAGAGUGCAUGAGCCUACUAGAUAGGCUACCACAGGCCAUUGAAUCUUUAGCUUCAUUGAUGAAUGUAACAAAGGUUAGCAUCGGACGUUUUUUGAUAUGUAGAGCCUUCGCUAACAAGAUCAUCGAAGGGGUACCCUUUAGCAUUGGCACUUGUGCAGGGUGCUACACGCUUUUUAUUACGACAUUACCACAUUGUGAAUCAUUGGCCAUUGCAGAUCUAUACAUCUGCAGUUAUCUUUAG